UCCCAUUGGAGUAUCCACUCUGAAAAAAGAAGCAUUACAGCAACAGCACUCCUUGUCCAGAAGUGUUCCAAGUACCAAUUCUGAAAGAAAGUGUAUGUCCUCGCUGGAGCCAGAUACUAAUACCAGCAGUUGGAGAUCUAGGUCACACUCUGAAGAGCUGCUACAAACAAUAGGGACUGCUUCAUCUGUUGACUCUUUUAUAAUUGAAGAUGAUGUUGAUGCCUCUUUAUGGAGUGACCUCAGCACUGAUACAUUGGAAUUUGAAGCAGAAUCUUGGAGUCUGGUUGUAGAGCCUUGGUUUUGUAACCAACAAGAAAAGGAUGUUAUCAAGCGACAAGAUGUAAUCUUUGAACUAAUGCAAACAGAAGUGCACCACAUCCAUACCCUGUUCAUCAUGUCCAAAAUAUUCAGAAAAGGGAUGAAAGAAGAACUACAGCUGGACCACAGCACAGUGGACAAAAUUUUCCCUUGCUUAGAUGAGCUGCUGGAACUUCAUCAGCAGUUCUUCUGUAGGAUGAAGGAAAGGCGACAAGUCUCAAGUCAGGAGGGAAGUGACAGAAAUUUUAUGAUCAACAAAAUUGGAGAUGUCCUUGUGCAACAGUUUUCAGAAGAGAAUGCAAGAAAAAUGAAGACUAUCUAUGGGGAGUUUUGCAGUCAUCAGAAAGAAGCAGUCAGCCUUUUUAAAGAGUUGCAACAAAACAAAAAAUUCCAGAACUUCAUCAAACUGCGGAACAGUAAUCUUUUGGCCCGGCGUCGAGGAAUCCCAGAAUGCAUUCUGCUUGUCACUCAAAGAAUCACAAAGUACCCAGUUCUAGUAGAAAGAAUAUUACAGUAUACCAAAGAAGGAACUGAAGAACACCAAGAUUUGUGUAAAGCCCUUAACUUUAUCAAGGAUAUGAUUGCAGCAGUUGAUUUGCAAGUCAAUGAAUACGAGAAGAAACAGAAAUUGCUGGAGAUUCUUAGUAAAGUUGAAAAUAAAACAUAUACCAAACUGAAAAAUGGACAUGUUUUUAGGAAACAAGAUUUGAUCAAGAAACAGAGGACACUUUUGUACGAAGGCUUAGUCUACUGGAAAACAGCUACAGGACGUUUUAAAGAUAUUUUAGCUCUGCUUCUAAAUGAUGUGAUGUUGUUUUUACAAGAAAAAGAUCAGAAGUAUAUAUUUGCAGCUGUUGACCAGAAGCCUGCUGUUAUAGCUCUUCAGAAACUUAUUGUCAGAGAAGUAGCCAAUGAAGAGAGAGGGAUGUUCUUGAUUAGUGCAUCCUCCACAGGACCCGAGAUGUAUGAAAUUCAUACUAGUUCUAAAGAGGAGCGCAGUCACUGGAUGAGGCAGAUUCAAGAGGCAGUGGAAAGUUGUCCAGAAGAAGAAGGCAAAAUGGGUGAAUCUGAUGAGGACCGAAAAAUAACUGAAGCCAGAGCAGCCAAAAUUCAAAAAUGUCAAGUGCUCUUGAAUAAUCAGGAUCAGCAGAUCUGUAACUACUUAGAAGAUAAGCUUAAUAUCUAUGCAAAGCUUGGAAAUAUGAGUGGGUUUGAAGAAGUUCAUGUGGAACCACAUCUCCUUAUUAAACCUGACUCUGGAGAAACUCCUCAAGUGGCCUCACUUCUGGCUGCAGCUCUCAAGGAAGCGGAAAACCUUCAUACAGCAGUAGCGUUACUGCAAAUGAAAGACACAAGCCACUCAAAGGAAGAGAAUGUGGGAGAUUCAAGUUUGGCAAAUCUUAGUGAAACCGAAGUCUGUGAACCUUUCAUUGAUUGUACAGAACUGAAGGUAGAAAAAGAAACUUGUAAUUCUGACACGCAUGAUGAAAACAUAGCAGAAGUGGAUAUGCUAGACCAGGAAGGAAACACCUGCUUUUCUGCUUCUACACAAACUGAGAUUGUACAGACUAUCCAGAAUUUAACACGGCUCUUAUACAGCAUUCAGCCUUGACUAUCCAGGAUACUCACAUUGAGAUCCAUAAGCUGCUUCUGCAGGAACAUGAAAGAUCCAGCUUGAGUCACAGCCCACAUAGCACUUUUUUCCUCGAA